ACAUGGAGUGAGAAACUAGAAAAGUAUGGGUACGAUCUGGCACUUCCCGAUGAAGAAUGUGUUGCAACGGAAGAUGUCCUCGGUUUCAAUAUCUUUGGUUACAUCGCGUUUGGAGAAGAAAAUAUUGAAAACGUUGUCAGUGAUGCUAUUUUUGCUGGCCUUAAUAAUUGGACGUCAGAGCUUAAGUAUCGAUACGAGAAUGAACCAAAGAAUAAGUACACUUCUUAUGUUAUCCAACAAAAUGCUUCUAAUUUCAUACAGAUGGCGUGGGGUAAAACGCAUAAAAUUGGCUGCGGCGCUAUGGUAGAUGUACUACGGCCUUUUAUUUCAGUCAUAUUCUUUUGCAGCUAUCAGCCACGGUAA